CAUUAGGGCCCCAUACCUAAUAUUAAAAUUAAACUGAUUUUAUUCAAUCAACAACUAAUAAAUACUUUACUCUUACAGAUGUGGCCAACCAGUUAUGUUCUGUGCCUAUUUCCACAGCCCUUCAGGCAGUUUGCCUCUGCCUCUGAAGGCACACAAUACACUUUUCUGGGCAACUCACAGGGGGCCUCUACGUGAGGUCCAUCAUCACACACUGUCUUUACAGACAAGAUGCACCUUCUCUAGGAGCACAGGUACAAUACUGCACUGAGAACAUCCUCCUCCAAGGAGAUUCAUUUGACCCACACUCUAAGGACAUUUGAGCUUAAAGAGGAAGCAGGCAGUCACCGGUGGCUAAGGAAGCCUGUAGCUGCCCUCCCCCUCUUCACCCUACCCCUAAGGAGGAGGGGUGAUGUCAUGGAUUGGUCAGAUUCAAGAGGACUGAAUGAAGCCACAGGCCUGGGGUGGAACCUCAGUGUGUGAAAUAAAGGGGUUAAAGGCUAGGCUAGUCUCAGGCUGGGGAUGGCUCCUGUCUAUUUCUUCUCUCUCCAACACUACAGAUGGCUUUUCCCUGCCGCAGGUCCCUGACUCCCAAGACUCUGGCCUGCCUCCUGGUGGGCGUGAGUUUCUUGGCACUGCAGCAGUGGUUCCUCCAGGCUCCAAGGUCCCCGCGGGAGGAGAGGUCCCUGCUGGAGGAGAGGUCCCAGCAGGAGGAGACGCCAGAGGGUCCCACCGACGCUCCCUUGGCGCUCACCCCCGGGCCCCCGUGCGUGGCCAACGCCUCGGCGAACGCCACGGCCAACUUCGAGCAGCUGCCCGCGCGCAUCCAGGACUUCCUGCGGUACCGCCACUGCCGCCACUUCCCGCUGCUUUGGGACGCACCGGCCAAGUGCGCCAGCCGCCGCGGUGUCUUUCUGCUACUGGCCGUGAAGUCGGCGCCUGCGCACUACGAGCGACGCGAGCUCAUCCGGCGCACUUGGGGGCAGGAACGCAGCUACGGCGAGUGGCCAGUGCGCCGCCUCUUCCUACUGGGCACCCCCGGUCCCGAGGACGAGGCGCGCGCCGAGCGGCUGGCGGAGCUGGUGGCGCUGGAGGCGCGCGAGCACGGCGACGUGCUGCAGUGGUCCUUCGCGGACACCUUCCUCAACCUCACGCUCAAGCACCUGCACCUGCUCGACUGGCUGGCUGCGCGCUGUCCGCACGCACGCUUCCUGCUCAGUGGCGACGACGACGUGUUCGUGCACACCGCCAACGUAGUCCGCUUCCUGCAGGCGCAGCCACCGGGCCGCCACCUGUUCACCGGCCAGCUCAUGGAGGGCUCCGUGCCCAUCCGCGACAGCUGGAGCAAGUACUUCGUGCCCCCGCAGCUCUUCUCCGGGUCCGCUUACCCGGUAUACUGCAGCGGCGGCGGCUUCCUCCUGUCCAGCCUCACGGCCCGGGCCCUGCGCGCGGCCGCCCUCCGCACCCCGCUCUUGCCCAUCGACGACGCCUACAUGGGCAUGUGUCUGGAGCGCGCCGGCCUGGCGCCCAGCGGCCACGAGGGCAUCCGGCCCUUCGGCGUGCAGCUGCCUGGCGCGCAGCAGUCCUCCUUCGACCCCUGCAUGUACCGCGAGCUGCUGCUGGUGCACCGCUUCGCGCCCUAUGAGAUGCUGCUCAUGUGGAAGGCGCUGCACAGCCCCACGCUCAGCUGUGACCGGGGACACCGGGUCUCCUGAGGCCGGGUGGACGGCUUCAGCCCCGGGCCUCCACCCGUGACGGUGUCCAUGCUGAGAAGGCAGCUUUCCCGCCCUGGGUACCAUACGUCCUGCCCAGCUCUGUGCACCUGAACCCCAGCUGCGCACUGAAAUCAGCUGGGGUGGGGGGUGUGGAAAAUGCCUACAUCCUGGCUCCAUCUCCCGAAGUUUCUAUUUGAUUAGUCUGGGGUGGCCCCAGACAUGUUAAGGAUUUUUUAAGUUCCUCCGGUGAUGUGAAUGUGCGGCUAGGCCUGAGGACCGCUCGGCUAGACUGUUCAUCCUCGAAAACCCAGCUCCACUGCCCUCUCUGCAAGCCUUCCCAGGCACCUCGUUCCCACACUCGGGUCCUCGUGAGCAGUGAAGCAAGGGAGACCUGGGAGCGUGGGAGCCAGGAUCAGCGUCCCCUGCCUUGUGCCUACAAAUGUCAGUUGCCAUUUCCACUGUUUCCCCUACAAGUGAGUGGAGCUGGGCUGACAGUGGUCAGGAGGAUCCCGCUUCCCCCUCCCGCCAGAAGUCAGCCAACAUGCAACUGAGGCGCAUGUGGCGGCCUUCCUUCCUCCCACUACUGCCCCAGUACACCGUGAGGUAGAAAUCCUCACCGUGCAAAGUGGAAACCAGAGGCCUGGUCAGACAGUGACUAAUCCAGGGCCAUGGCGUUCCCAGACAGCACACCAUUGUGGUCCCCUCCAGGAACUCACCCCAACCAAAGCUAAUGGCCUGGUUGGGUACUGCCCGCCAAUACUCACCCCCAUGGGUCAGAGACAGGCUCCUUGCCAGGGUCUGGAACUUAGGGUCAGUGGGCCUUGGACAACCCAGCAGGGAGUUCCAUGGAGUCCGAAGUGGAGAAACGCUGAUGGGAACAUGGAGACCAUUGUUGGGGAAUCUGUGGAGGCAGGUGUGUAGAAUUGUGUUGGGGAGGUGGGGGAUGUAAGACUGAGGUGGACAGUGGUUAAGAGUGUGGGGCCAGGUGAGAAGGCUCACGCCUGUAAUCCUAGCACUUUGGGAGGCCAAGGCGGGCAGAUCACGAGGUCAAGAGUUCGAGAGCAGCCUGGCCAAUAUGGUGAAACCCCGUCUCUACUAAGAAUACAAAAAUUAGCUGGCCGUAGUGGCUCAUGCCUGUAAUCUCAGCUAUUUGGGAGGCUAAGCCAGGAGAAUCGCUUGAACCUGGGAGGCAGAGGUUGCAGUGAGCCAAGAUCGUGCCACUGCACUCCAGCCUGGGCGACAGAGCAAGACUCCAUCUCAAAAAGAGAGAGAGUUUGCAGGGGUGAGUGGGAACUUGGUGCCUGGGACUCUGAGAACCAGGCUGUGGUCCUGACCUCCAGCAGCUGCCAGUCAUCUUGGCAACAUAGAAAAUCAAGGAAACGGCCUAUGGGCAGGCAGAAGUGUGUCAGCAAUGUCCCAACUAUGUAAGAUGGACACAAGAGACUCACCUUGGGAGGAAGGAGCCUGGGCAGAAAGUCAGGAGACUGGCCAAAGGUCCUUCCCUGCCUUCAAGACAAAGACCAGACUCCUCAGUCCUGCAUUUCAGGCUCCUGUCACCCAGGUGCUACUCACUGUCCCCUCCCUCCCACUGUUGGCCUCCAUCCAGCUGGCAGUGCCUGCGCUUUGUCCAGCUCUCUCCUGCUUCUGCAUUUUGCACAAGCUCUGAACUGGUUACCGAAAUGUCCUCCAAUCACCACCAUCCUGAUGUCUCUUGCACCAGUUAGGAUGCCCAUAGGGGAAGCUGCCAGCUGCCCACCUGAGUCGGCUGCCCCCUUCCUCCUGGGCACUCACCUAGACUCCAUUUCCCAGCACCCUGUC